AUGCAAAAAAAAAAGAUAGAACAAGUCCGGGAAGAGGCAGUAACAAAACAAGACAACCAUGCUUUCAAACAUGCAGCACAAUUCACCCUUUCACAGCAUAUCACAGCAAUUGAACCACUCAUCCUACAAUUAGUGAACGAAACUCUACAUGCUAUCCCACUCCCAGAACUCCCUAUGACAGAUAUCGAGUUGAAGCUACUUCAACAACUCGACCAAAAGCAUUUCAACGUUCAAUCUCCAAUAAACCUUAGAGCCCUACAACUACUUACCUGCACACAUCCUAACUAA